UAGUACUUUUUACUGAUCUUGGGACUGUUUGGCUUGGUCACCAAGUUUUGUGAAAAUGGAGAUGAGAGCUUUGGUUUCUUCGUGUUCUACGGGGAAUGGAGGGUCUGAUCCGAUCAGCCUCACGAAUGGUUCUCCAUGGAUCACAACAGUUGGUGGUGGUGCAAGUACCAUGGACAGAGAGUUUCCAGCGACUGUGAAGCUGGGAAGUAGUAUGAGAGCCUUCAAAGGAGUAAGCACAAUAACAGUUCUGUCUCGGACCAAACAACAGUUUCCUCUGGUAUGCUUAGCAAGAAACAACGGAAACAGCACUGAUCCGACCUCGUUCUGGGAGAACGAUAUAUCUGAAACUCAAAGGACAGUUUUACCGGCUGAAUCUAUUAACGGGGACAAAAGUGCUGUAGAACCAGGUAGAAAUGAUGUGACGGUGUCUGAAGUGGAUGAGUUCUGUAAAGCACUUGGAGGGAAAAGGCCAAUCCAUAGAAUUAUGGUUGCUACCAAUGGAAUGGCAGCUGUGAAGUUUAUACGCAGUAUCAGAACAUGGGCUUACCAAACAUUUGGCUCGGAAAAAGCCAUAUCGUUGGUGGCCAUGGCAACUCCUGAGGACAUGCGGAUCAAUGCUGAGCAUAUCAGAAUCGCUGAUCAGUUUGUUGAGGUUCCAGGAGGAACUAACAAUAACAAUUAUGCUAAUGUUCAGCUUAUUGUAGAGAUGGCUGAGGCAACGCGUGUGGAUGCAGUUUGGCCGGGUUGGGGUCAUGCAUCUGAAAACCCUGAAUUACCUGAUGCCUUGAAGGCAAAAGGUAUCAUAUUUCUUGGUCCUCCUGCUACAUCAAUGGUGGCAUUAGGAGAUAAGAUUGGUUCGUCGUUGAUUGCACAAGCUGCUGAUGUACCUACUCUGCCAUGGAGUGGUUCCCAUGUUAAAAUACCUCCAGGGAGCAGCUUGGUAACGAUCCCAGAGGAAAUCUACAAGAAAGCUUGUGUCUACACAACUGAAGAAGCAAUUGCUAGUUGUCAAGUUGUUGGUUACCCGGCAAUGAUCAAAGCGUCGUGGGGUGGCGGCGGUAAAGGCAUUAGGAAGGUUCAUAAUGAUGAUGAGGUUAGGGCACUAUUCAAACAAGUUCAAGGUGAGGUCCCUGGCUCGCCGAUAUUUAUAAUGAAGGUUGCUUUGGAGAGUCGGCAUUUAGAGGUCCAGCUGCUGUGUGACCAAUAUGGAAACGUAUCAGCUUUGCAUAGCCGUGAUUGUAGCGUCCAGAGAAGACACCAAAAGAUCAUAGAGGAAGGUCCAAUCACCGUGGCUCCCCAAGAAACCGUCAAGAAACUUGAGCAAGCAGCUAGAAGGUUGGCUAAGAGUGUUAACUAUGUUGGAGCUGCUACUGUUGAGUAUCUCUAUAGUAUGGACACUGGGGAGUAUUACUUCUUAGAGCUUAACCCUCGUUUACAGGUUGAGCAUCCAGUAACUGAGUGGAUUGCUGAGAUAAAUCUUCCUGCUGCACAAGUUGCUGUCGGGAUGGGAAUUCCUCUCUGGCAAAUCCCUGAGAUAAGACGGUUCUAUGGUAUAAAACAUGGUGGAGGCUAUGAUUCUUGGAGACAAACCUCUGUUGCAGCCUUCCCUUUUGAUUUUGAUGAAGCGGACUCUUUAAGGCCAAAAGGUCAUUGUGUUGCUGUACGCGUGACAAGCGAGGAUCCUGAUGACGGGUUCAAGCCCACCAGCGGUAAAAUACAGGAAUUGAGUUUUAAGAGCAAGCCAAAUGUGUGGGCGUACUUUUCUGUCAAGUCUGGUGGAGGCAUCCACGAGUUCUCAGAUUCCCAGUUUGGACAUGUUUUUGCAUUUGGGGAAUCCAGAGCCAUGGCAAUAGCAAAUAUGGUUCUUGGGCUAAAAGAAAUUCAAAUUCGUGGAGAAAUUAGGACUAACGUUGACUACACGAUCGACCUUCUACAUGCUUCCGAUUACCGGGAGAACAAAAUACACACUGGUUGGUUGGACAGUAGGAUUGCUAUGCGGGUUAGAUCAGAGAGGCCUCCGUGGUAUCUCUCUGUUGUCGGCGGGGCUCUCCAUAAAGCAUCAACAACCAGUGCUGCUGUGGUUUCAGAUUACGUCGGUUAUCUAGAAAAGGGGCAAAUUCCCCCAAAGCACAUAUCUCUUGUGCACUCUCAAGUGUCACUGAAUAUUGAAGGGACUAAAUAUCCGAUUGAUGUAGUUAGGGGUGGAUCAGGAUCCUACAGGCUAAGAAUGAAUAACUCAGAAGUUGUAUCAGAAAUACACACUCUACGUGAUGGAGGUCUGUUGAUGCAGUUGGAUGGUAAAAGCCAUGUGAUAUAUGCAGAGGAAGAAGCUGCAGGAACUCGUCUUCUCAUUGACGGAAGAACUUGUUUACUACAGAAUGAUCACGAUCCUUCGAAGUUGAUGGCUGAAACACCGUGCAAGUUGCUGAGGUAUUUGGUUUCAGACGACAGCAAUAUUGACGCUGAUACGCCUUAUGCCGAAGUUGAGGUCAUGAAGAUGUGCAUGCCACUUCUUUCACCUGCUUCAGGAGUUAUCCAUUUCAAAAUGUCGGAAGGACAAGCCAUGCAGCCUGGUGAACUUAUAGCCACACUUGAUCUUGAUGAUCCUUCUUCUGUAAGAAAGGCUGAACCCUUCCAUGGAAGUUUCCCAAAAUUAGGGCUUCCAACCGCAAUUUCUGGAAAGGUUCAUCAGAGAUGUGCUGCAACCUUACAUGCUGCUCGCAUGAUUCUUGCUGGAUAUGGCCAUAAAGUAGAUGAGGUUGUUCAAGACUUACUUAAUUGCCUUGACAGCCCUGAACUGCCAUUUCUUCAGUGGCAAGAGUGCUUUGCUGUUCUAGCAACACGACUACCUAAAGAUCUCAGGAACACGCUGGAAUCAAAGUACAGAGAAUUUGAGAUUGUCUCCCAAAACCCCCAGACAAGAGAUUUCCCUGCGAAAAUCUUAAAAGACAUUCUUGAGGCUCAUUUAUUAUCUUGUGAUGAGAAAGAGAGAUGUUCCCUUGAGCGGCUCAUUGAACCGUUGAUGAGCCUUGUGAAGUCUUAUGAAGGUGGAAGUGAAAGUCAUGCCCGUGUUAUUGUUCAUUCCCUCUUUGAAGAAUAUCUAUCAGUUGAAGAGUUAUUCAAUGACAACAUGCUGGCUGAUGUUAUAGAAAGCAUGCGUCAACUAAAGAAGAAAGAUCUAUCAAAGAUUGUCGAUAUCGUACUUUCACACCAGGGCAUAAAAAGUAAAAACAAACUUGUUCUUCAACUCAUGGAGCAGCUUGUUGUCCCUAAUCCUGCAGCAUACAGAGAUAAACUUCUCCGAUUCUCAACACUUAACCAUACUAAUUACUCUGAGUUGGCACUCAAGGCGAGUCAAUUGCUUGAACAGACAAAACUAAGUGAACUUCGUUCAAACAUUGCUAGAAGCCUGUCAGAGUUAGAAAUGUUUACGGAGGAUGGAGAAAAUAUGGAUACCCCCAAGAGAAAAAGUGCCAUUAGUGAAAGGAUGGAGGAUCUUGUGAACGCAUCUUUAUCUGUUGAAGAUGCUCUCGUGGGACUAUUUGACCACAGCAAUUACACACUUCAAAGACGGGUUGUUGAGACUUAUAUUCGCAGAUUAUACCAGCCCUAUGUCGUUAAGGAAAGCGUGAGGAUGCAGUGGAACCGUUCUGGUCUUAUUGCUUCCUGGGAGUUCCUAGAGGAGCAUAUGGAUAUAAAAAACAUUGGCUUAGACGAGACAUCUGAAGAAGUGUUUCUUGAGAAACGUCGUAAAAAAAAAUGGGGGGCUAUGGUUGUAAUCAAAUCGCUGCAGUAUCUGCCAAGUAUAAUAAGUGCAGCAUUGAGAGAAAUAAACCACAACGACUAUGAAACUGCCGGAUCUGGCAAUAUGAUGCACAUUGCUUUAGUGGGCAUCAACAAUCAGAUGAGUCUGCUUCAGGACAGUGGGGACGAGGACCAAGCUCAGGAAAGAGUAAACAAGUUGGCCAAAAUUCUUAAUGAAGAAGAAGUGAGUUUGAGCCUCUGUUCUGCCGGUGUUGAUGCAAUCAGCUGUAUUAUUCAGCGAGAUGAAGGACGACCCCCCAUGAGACAUUCUUUCCAUUGGUCAAUGGAUAAACAGUAUUAUGUAGAAGAGCCGUUGCUGCGGCAUCUUGAACCUCCUCUAUCCAUAUACCUUGAGUUGGAUAAGCUAAAAGGGUACUCAAAUUUACAGUAUACACCUUCAAGAGACCGUCAGUGGCAUAUGUAUACUGUUACAGACAAGCCAGUGCCAAUCAAAAGGAUGUUCCUUCGGUCUCUGGUUCGAGAGGCUACAAUGAACGAUGGGUUUAUGUCACAGCAAGGGCAUGACUACCAACUUAGCCAAACACUGCUCUCCAUGGCGUUUACGUCGAAAUGCAUUCUGAGGUCUUUGAUGAAUGCCAUGGAGGAACUGGAACUGAAUGCACAUAGUGCUGUCAGUGCCAUGAAACCAGACCACGCACAUUUGUUCUUAUGCAUAUUAAGUGAGCAGCAGAUAGAUGAUCUUGUGCCUUACCCCAGGAGAAUUGAAGUGAAUGCGGAAGAUGAAGAAACUACAGUUGAGAUGAUUUUAGAAGAAGCAACACGAGAGAUACAUAGGUCUGUUGGAGUGAAAAUGCACAAAUUGGGUGUUCGCGAGUGGGAAGUGCGACUGUGGCUGGGGUCCUCGGGACUAGCAAAUGGCGCUUGGAGGGUCGUGGUUGCAAAUGUGACAGGCCGUACAUGCACUAUCAAUAUAUACCGAGAAGUGCAAGCUACUGGGAGUAACAGUUUAAUCUACUACUCAAUAAGUAAGAAGGGACCUUUGCAUGGAACCCCAAUCAACGGUCAAUAUAAACCACUGAAUCAUCUGGACAGGAAACGUCUAUCCGCAAGGAGGAGUAACACUACGUAUUGCUAUGACUUCCCCUUGUCAUUUGAGACAGCAUUGGAGAUGUUGUGGGCAUCACAACACCCGGGAGUCAGGAAACCAUGCAAGAAUACUCUCAUCAACGUCAAAGAGCUUGUAUUCUCCAAUCCAGAAGGUUCUUCGGAUACAUCUCUUAUUCCGGUUGAAAGACCAGCGGGUCUUAACGACUUUGGAAUGGUGGCCUGGAGCUUAGAGAUUUCUACUCCUGAAUUUCCUAUGGGACGGAAACUUCUCGUAGUAGCCAAUGAUGUGACAUUCAAAGCUGGUUCUUUUGGCCCUAGAGAGGACGCAUUUUUCCUUGCUGUGACUGAACUGGCUUGUUCCCAGAAGCUUCCAUUGAUUUACUUGGCAGCAAAUUCUGGCGCCCGACUCGGUGUAGCUGAAGAAGUUAAAGCCUGCUUCAAAGUUGGGUGGUCGGAUGAAGUUUCCCCCGAGAAUGGUUUUCAGUAUAUAUACCUGAGCUCUGAAGACCAUUCAAGGAUUGGAUCAUCUGUCAUUGCGCACGAAAUGAAGCUCCCUAGUGGCGAAACAAGGUGGGUGAUUGAUACGAUUGUUGGUAAAGAAGAUGGUAUCGGAGUUGAAAAUUUAACAGGCAGUGGGGCAAUAGCAGGUGCGUACUCAAGGGCGUACAACGAAACUUUUACGCUAACCUUUGUUAGUGGAAGAUCGGUCGGAAUCGGUGCUUACCUUGCCCGCCUGGGAAUGAGAUGCAUACAGAGAGUAGACCAGCCGAUCAUCUUGACCGGCUUCUCGACGCUCAACAAGUUGCUUGGGCGUGAAGUCUAUAGCUCUCACAUGCAACUUGGUGGCCCUAAAAUCAUGGGGACAAAUGGUGUUGUUCAUCUUACAGUCUCAGAUGAUCUUCAAGGUGUAGAAGCUAUUCUCAACUGGCUGAGCUACAUUCCUGCUUACAUGGGUGGCCCUCUUCCUGUUCUUGCUCCUUUAGAUCCACCGGAAAGAACUGUUGAGUAUAUCCCAGAAAACUCUUGUGAUCCACGAGCUGCUAUCGCUGGGAUCAACGACAGUACUGGUAAAUGGCUUGGUGGUAUCUUUGAUAAAAAUAGCUUUGUUGAGACUCUUGAAGGCUGGGCAAGGACAGUAGUGACUGGGAGAGCAAAGCUGGGGGGUAUACCCGUGGGAGUGGUUGCCGUCGAGACACAAACUGUAAUGCAGAUCGUCCCGGCAGAUCCAGGGCAGCUAGAGUCUCAUGAGAGAGUGGUUCCACAAGCAGGGCAAGUCUGGUUUCCUGAUUCAGCAGCCAAGACAUCUCAAGCGCUCAUGGAUUUCAACCGGGAACAGCUUCCAUUGUUUAUCCUAGCAAACUGGAGAGGUUUUUCAGGUGGGCAGAGAGAUCUUUUUGAAGGAAUACUUCAGGCUGGUUCAACUAUAGUAGAAAAUCUGAGAACAUAUGGACAGCCAGUGUUUGUGUACAUCCCAAUGAUGGGAGAACUGCGAGGUGGAGCGUGGGUGGUUGUUGAUAGCCAGAUAAAUUCAGAUUAUGUUGAAAUGUAUGCUGAUGAAACUGCUCGUGGAAAUGUGCUUGAGCCUGAAGGAAUGAUAGAGAUAAAAUUUAGAACGAAAGAGCUUUUAGAGUGCAUGGGAAGGUUGGACCAGAAGCUAAUCAAUCUGAAAGCAAAUAUCCAAGAUGCCAAGCAAAACGAGGCUUAUGCGAACAUCAAGCUUCUCCAGCAACAGAUUAAAACCCGAGAGAAGCAGCUUUUACCUGUUUAUAUCCAAAUCGCCACCAAAUUUGCGGAACUUCAUGACACUUCCAUGAGAAUGGCUGCAAAAGGAGUGAUCAAAAGUGUUGUGGAAUGGAGCGGCUCGCGAAGCUUCUUCUAUAAAAAGCUAUAUCGGAGAAUUGCAGAGAGCUCUCUUGUGAAGAACAUAAGAAAAGCGUCUGGAGACAAAUUAUCAUAUAAAUCUGCAAUGGGUUUGAUUCAGGAAUGGUUCUGCAAAUCCGAGAUUGCAAAGGGGAAAGACGAAGCUUGGACGGACGACCAACUGUUCUUUACAUGGAAGGACAAUGUUAGUAACUACGAGCAUAAGCUGUGUGAGUUGAGAGCGCAGAAACUGCUGAAUCAACUUGCAGAGAUUGGGAAUUCGUUGGAUUUGCAGGCUCUACCUCAGGGACUUGCUAAUCUUCUAAACAAGGUGGAGCAUUCAAGAAGCGAAGAACUGGUGAAUGCGAUUCGAAAGGUGUUGGGUUGAUGAUAUCAAGAAAAGGUUUAGCUAAAGAUGGUGUUUUGGAGUUGCUCGUGUCCUAGGGUAGUAGGGUGACACAAGUUAUUUGAUUGAAACUAGAUUUUAACGAACUUCCUCACAUUUGUUAGCCUGCAUAAUUUAGCUGCGCAAUAAUUCAUUCAACACUCCACUCUUAAUUAAUCGUGUGUAUUCAUAGUUUUUGCCUUAAAAGGGAGAAAAUACGUAUUCUAUAGAGAAUUUUGUUGAUUAUGCCAUAAACAGUGGUAAACAUUCUAAG